UAGUUGUUGCAUUUUGUUUAAGCUGAGUAGGACCAAGACAGAGUACUUAGAGUGUAAGUUUAGUGAAGCACCUCAGGAGGCCGGCUUGGAAGUGAGGCUUGGUACCCAAGUCAUCCAGAAGAAAAGUAGUUUCAAGUAUCUUGGGUCUAUUAUGCAAGGCAGCGGGGAGAUUGACGAUGAUGUCACACAUCGUAUUGGGGCAGGGUGGAUGAAAUGGAGGCUUGCUUCCGGAGUGCUAUGUGACAAGAAGGUGCCACCACAACUUAAGGGAAAGUUCUACAAAGUGGUGGUUAGACCGACUAUGUUGUAUGGGGCGGAGUGUUGGCCAGUUAAGGUUUCUCACGUUCAAAAGAUGAAAGUUGCUGAGAUGAGAAUGUUGAGAUGGAUGUGUGGCCACACCAGGAGUGACAGGAUUAGGAAUGAGGAUAUUCGGGACAAGGUGGGAGUGGCCUCGGUGGAAGACAAGAUGCGAGAAGCGAGAUUGAGAUGGUUUGGGCAUGUGAAGAGGAGAGACACGGAUGCCCCAGUGCGGAGGUGUGAGAGGUUGGCCAUGGAUGGUUUCAGACGAGGUAGGGGUAGGCCAAAGAAGUAUUGGGGAGAGGUAAUUAGACACGACAUGGCGCAGUUACAGCUUACCGAGGACAUGACCUUAGAUAGGAGGGUUUGGAGGACCCAUAUUAGGGUAGAAGGCUAGUAGAUAGUCUCAUUACCCUGCCUUAUUAAUAGUCGCAUUAUCGUAGUAUAAUUUCUUGUGCUCUAAUUUAUGCUAUUAUGCUAUUAUCUGUUAUUUCCUGUGCUUUGAUUAUUCUAUGUUAUCUGUGUCGCUUGCGUUACUUCAUUUCCAUAUCGCUUCGAAUCUCUUAGCCGUAUCUGACCUCUUGUUAUGUUUUUUAUUGAGUCGAGGGUCUCUCGGAAACAGCCAUCCUACCUUGGUAGGAGUAAGGUCUGCGUACACUCUACCCUCCCCAGACCCCACGUUGUGGGAUUUCACUGGGUUGUUGUUGUUGUUGUUGUUGUUACAGAGA